CUCUAUCACUUAUUUUCCCGAUGAAGGUCAAUACAAAGGCUAAAUAAGCGCGCGAUGCCUGGAAGCGGAAAAGCCGUGAUUAUGCAUCGCUUAAGUCGCCUGAUUCUGCAAAGGAUUCCGACUUUCAGCUGAGCGGCGGUCGUCUUACCUCUGCAGCCACCUCUGUCGCGACCACACUCUCGGACAAGCUGAAAUGAACAAACUUAAAGGGUUUACAAAUCGGUGGUCGUUGAAAGAUGAUGAUAGCGAGGGAUCCGUCUCGCAGAACGUCAGGCGGAAGGAGCAGCUGAGGAGAGCGCAGCAAAACUACCGCCAGCGCAAAGAGGGAUACAUCAAAUCCCUCGAAACCGAAGUCGUCAACCUCCGGACGACCCGGACUGACCUGCAGGGCGAGACCCGCCGACUGAGCGCCGAGAUCAACUGGCUACGCCAUAUCAUUGAUGCGAACCACAUCACGCUCCCGCCUGUUCCACCCGAGAUCCUCGCGCUCGAUUCUCGACACUCGUCGCCUGCUUCUACAACAGCUACAGUUGGCGUCGACCGCGACCAUCUCAACAACCGCCGACUCAUCGUAGGGGCUCCGGGCUCGAGUACGUCUGGAACAUCGCCAUCGCUGUUGGAAUCCGGCCCCGAGCGCACACCGUCACCAUUUCGGAAUCCUGGCGAUGUCGUUGUUGCGAUGAAUUUUAUUCUUUGCCUCGAAGGGCCCUGCCUCGACCACGUCCGCUCUGCACUAAAAUCCCCUGAACCACACACAGGCCACGGCCACGCCCUGACGCUAACAGCCUCCGUCUUCCGACUCUACCCCGAUGCUGGCCACUCGCACGAGGAGGACCAGCAAUUGAGCAUCUCCCGAAAGACCCUCGACCGACUCCUCGAGCUCUCGGCGCAGCUCCCCACGGGCGACGAGCUGACCCCAAUCGAGGUGUGGGCUUGUCUCCGCCAGAAUGCGACGGUUGUGGAGGCGCAGCCGGAAAGGAUCAUGGCUGUUGCGGAGAGGUUGUUGGAUCAUAUCAAGUGUUAUGGGUACGGCGCGGUUAUCCCGCGAGCUGUUGUUAUGGAGGCGUUGCGGGCCUUUUAGGGACUUUCCCACGGGUGUUAGGUUGUGUGGGUAUGACUUGUGAUAGGUUUCUGGAUAGCGUUUGAGAAAAGUAAAAUAUGAAAUUGUCUCUUGGUUUGUAAGCUCGGCUUAACUGCGUCAAUAAUCUACUGCCCGACCAAGAGCCAAAAAAAAAAAAAACGAGAGCCGAACGAGACGCUUACCUUAGAAUGGAUGGUAUGCGCCAACGCCAUCAGCCCACGCACAUCUCUCAUCUCCAAAUCAACCCCCUC